ACCAAGGCUUGGAUAGAUGGGAAGAAAACACCUAGUAUUUGGCUCCGUGGAUUUGAACCUGAGACCUCAUGGUUCUCACUCACUUCAUUGACCACUAGGCCACACCCUUGGGUAUUUAUUAGCAAGCUGUUAAAUUUGCCAUCCUAUUAUGCAGCAGGCUUGAUAUUGGUUGGCUGCUGUCCUGGAGGGACGGCAAGUAAUAUUGUCACUUACAUUGCACGUGGCAAUGUGGCGCUUUCAGUAUUGAUGACUGGUGCAAGUACCCUAUCUGCUGUGGUUAGUAGUUUUGUUUGGUGGAUGACCCCUUUCCUAACAGAGAAACUUGCAGGGCAAUUUGUUGCAGUAGAUGCAGCUGGACUUUUCAUGUCCACUUUGCAGGUGGUUCUUCUUCCUGUCUUAGCUGGUGCAUUUCUGAAUCAGUAUUUCAAAAGCCUUGUCAAAAUUGUGUUUCCAUUGAUGCCCCCUAUUGCUGUAGCAACUGUUGCAGUUCUUUGUGGAAAUGCAAUUGCGCAGAGUUCUUCUGCAAUCCUCAUGUCAGGUCAACAGGUUGUCUUAGCUGCUGCUCUUCUUCAUGCACCUGGCUUCUUCUUUGGCUACGUGCUCUCAAGGAUGCUCGGGGUUGAUGUAUCGUCCUCAAGGACAAUAUCUAUUGAAGUCGGCAUGCAGAACUCGGUUCUUGGAGUAGUUCUAGCCACUCAGCACUUUGGUAACCCGCUUACUGCAGUACCAUGUGCAGUUUCUAGUGUUUGUCACUCAAUAUUUGGCAGUGCCUUGGUUGGUAUCUGGAGGCGUUCUGUUCCAGAUCAAGUGCAGCAGUGAGUCACUCUCUUGGUGUAUCUUGAUCAUGAAUCUAAGAUUGUAGCGUUCUUUUUUGACACUGCAUCGCAAAGUGAUACAUCAAGCUCGGUAGUCAUUGGAGUUAUAGGGUCUUUUUUAGAAGUUCCUAGUGUUGAUGUCUGGUUAAUCAGCAAUGAUAUUCGAUACCAAAAACAUUUUUAUUUUUUUUGGUGGUGAUUUCAAGGUGUUCCAGGUAACUUUUGAAUUCU